CCAAAAGCCAGAAAAAGGACAAACUUGGCUACAAAAGCAGCAUCUCGUCUUCGUGCUGCUUCACAAAAAGAUGAUGAGCAAAAAGUUCCUGCCGGGGCCAGUUUGGAAGACGUGGCAAGAAACGCUGGAUUUAAUGUCUUCAAUCCAACCCAAUUGACAGAUACUACAAAGAAGGCAAAGCAAAAAGAACGUCACGAUCAGUGGUUAAAGAAAUUUGAAACUCCAAAACUAUCUGCAAAUGCUCGUAAAAGACGAAACAAAAAGCAGAAAGAAGCUUUGAAGGCUGAUCUUGCACCGCUUGCUGAACAGAUUUCUGAAUUUGAGAAUCAGCAAAAGUCCAAUGAUGCAUUGACUUCCAAGGUUGAUAUUCCGCAAAUAAAAAAGUCGAAAAACACUCUCGCGAAGAAUAACAAAUCCGAGAUUGAGCGUUUUCAAAAUGUUCUUACUCACCCUGCAUUCCAAUCUGAUCCCUUAAAAACCAUUCAACAGCAUUUAAAAAAUACAAUUCAGGCGGACGAUAAAAAGGGUUCUUCGGGCUCCCUAUUCCCAGUGAUUCGGCUACAAUUUAAUAACUGA